AGCAUAGUAAUAUUAUCGUAAAAACCUUUAUAAACCUUUGUAGUAGUGAAGAGUGAAGAGCAAAGAACAAUGAGUGUUCGGUCCAAAAACUUGAACUCUGUAUUUUACGCAGAUUCGUACCAUCCCAUACAAGCUGGCAGCAUCGACGGCACCGAUGUUGUUCCUCACGACAACGCCGUUUAUCGCGCUCAACUCUGUUCCUCCAUUGGCCUUUAUGACCCAUUUGGUGAUCCCAGGGCUGCUGGAGACCCUUAUUGCACUCUCUUCGUCGCUCGUCUCUCUCGCCUCACCAACGAAGAUAAUCUCCGCAAGGUUAUGAGUAAGUAUGGUCGAGUGAAGAACUUCCGCUUGGUUAGGGACAUUGGCCGUUCUAAGAACUAUGGAAUAUACCAGUUUCUCAGGAAUCUAGUGACCGGAGCUUCUCGUGGUUAUGCUUUUGUUGAAUAUGAAACUGAAAGGGAGAUGCGACGAGCAUAUAUGGAUGCUCAUCAUUUGAUUGUUGAUGAUUCUGAAAUCAUAGUUGAUUACAACAGGCAGCAAUUGAUGCCUGGAUGGAUUCCUAGAAGGUUAGGUGGUGGUCUUAGUGGUAAGAAGGAAUCGGGACAACUUCGUUUUGGGGGGAAAGAAAAACCAUUUCGUGCACCCCUGAAACCAAUCCCAUAUGAGGAGUUGAAGAAGCUUGGCAUCCCCCCUCCUCCUGAGGGAAGAUACAUGUCACGCUUUCAGGUGCCAUCGCCUCCUAGGAGAGAAAGGAACCUUUCAGACAGGGAAGAAGACUCUCAUAGUCACAGGAGGGGAUCUAAUGACAGGAACAGGACGGAAGAUAGCCACAGAAGUUCAGUGGACAUUGGUGAAGGGCACUGUAGGAGUUCAAGUCAUCGCGAUGACCACUCACGUGGAAGGAGCUCUUUAGAGAGGAGUGGUCGUUACCAUGAUAGGAGUUCAUCUGAGAAAGAACAUCGAUACAGGAGUUCUACUGACAAAGACAAACAUUCUCAGAAGAGAAAAGAAAGUGACAGGAGUUCUACCGACAAAGAUAAACAUUCUCGGAAGAGAAAAGAAAGUGACAGGAGUUCACCCGAGAAAGAACAUGGACUCAGGAGUUCUACUGACAAAGACAAACAUCAUAGGAAGAGAAAAGAAAGAGAUGAACAGUCUUGAAGGAAGGAAAUAUAGUCGCCAUUCCCCUCACGAGGACUAAGCUGUACAACUCAUUAUUAUCACCAUUCUGUUGUGCUUUUCUGCUUUGUGUAUGGUAUAUGCAUGGGAGGAAUGGGAAUGCAAAGUGGAAAUCCUCAAAGACUUCUCAAUGAACGUGAGACUGGUGCAUGUAUGUUCAAUGAUAGUCAUGCUUUUGGUUUAUAUUUUCAUAGGGGGUGUUGUAUGCAAAAGCACUCAAUCUCAUACCAGGCACAUCUUGCUGUAGAUAAGUCACAGGCAGUAUGCUGAGUGAAAGUUAAGCUUUUUUCCUUAUAACUAAAGGGAAAGAGUUAAGUUUAUUUCAAUUCUUAUUUGCCAAUCAAA